GAUUUAGAAUAUUUGUAAGCGAGCCUCAAUUUCCCCACAUUGAUAUUGGGAAAAUAAACAAGCACAUCAAAGAUCCACAACUAGAUCCAAUUCACGACUCGGGUGCCUGCGUAUUAUCCACGGCUCUAACAAUACCCGGCUCAGUUUUGACGCCUCCUUAGACGGCGCAGGUCCACUUACUGGAGCUUUUACCAACUCGUGGCCUCUCGCUCUCUCGUCUUGCCCCUCGGGCCAUAACGGCCCCUCACUAUCCAGCAGCCGGAUCGUCUGUCGGGUGCCUUUCUUGCCUGUGCCUGCAUAUGAAGGACGUGAGUGUGUUCAGUAGAGGGCGUUGUGGGGGCAUUGCUUUCAAACCAAGGAUUUGUAAAUCAUUAGUUAUCCCUUCGUUACCAACUUAUGAAUAUUUCGUUUUCAUAUUUUGAUUCUGUGGGGUAACUUAAAUAGACCGUAUUAUCUCGAUGUAGACCUGCCUUUUGUAUAACACAGCCCAAGUCGAUUGUAUCGUGUCAGUAAACCAACUAAAUCAUCGUUAAUAACAUCAACCUCUUUUCACCAUGGCUCAAAACAAGGAUCUCAAGCCAAUUACCCUCUACUCUCAUGCCGGGGGCCCCAACCCAUGGAAGGUUGCCAUGAUCCUGGCCGAGUUGAAUGUUCCCUAUAAAACCGAAUUUUUGACCUUCCCCGAGCUCAAGAAGGAGCCAUACGAGAAACUCUGCAUCAACGGCCGUGUCCCCGCCAUCGAGGAUCCAAACACAAACGUCACCCUCUGGGAAUCCGGUGCCAUCAUCGAAUACCUCAUCGAGACCUAUGACAAGUCCAAUUCGCUGACGUACGACACCGUCCCCGAGAAGUUCCAGGUGAAGCAAUGGCUGCAUUUCCAAGUCAGUGGACAGGGGCCGUACUUCGGACAGGCGAUGUGGUUCGAAAAGUACCACCAGGAGAAGCUUCCCACUGCCCAGCAGCGGUACAAGGACCAGGUUCUCCGUGUAUAUGAUGUGCUGAACCGCGCGCUUGAAGGGAGGGACUAUCUUGUUGGCGAUAAGUGCACGUAUGCCGAUAUAUCGUUCAUCGCUUGGGAUUAUCGGUUCCAAGCGGUCUUCAAGGGCGAAUUCGCUAUUGAGGAGCUGGAGAAGAAGUAUCCUAACUAUGUCAGGUGGCAUAAGGCUGUCGCUUCAAGGAAGGCAAUUAAGGAAGUGUUGGAGGAGAAUGAUAGAGUUGUUGCCGCGGCUCAUUAGUGGGAGAUGGCUGUGUCGGCAAGCCAGAAGUAGCCUUUGAGCAUAGAUCAUGAAUUUCAAUGAGAAAUAAAC